AUGUCAAAUCGGAACCUCGUUCUAAUUUUUGAGCAAUAUCAACGCGCCAGAUUAGGAUUUGUACAAGCUGUUUCAGAUUUAGCUGUAAGACAACAAAACAUAGAACUUUUAGCUAAAGGAGGUGCAUUAGAGCUUCUCAAGCCUCUUUUGAGUGAUCCUUGUAUUCAAAUUCAACAAUGUGCUUCUAUAGCUUUAGGAAGACUAGUCCAUCAUGAUGUGGCUAUAGCAGAACAAGUUAUUGAUCAAGGCUUUAUUCCGAUUAUACUUACAUCGAUAUUUAACGGAAAUAAAUAUCAGAAGAAAGCCGGAUUAUUUGUUAUUCGAUCAAUUUGUAAAAACAACGUCAAUUGUGCGUAUCAGGUUAUAAAUGCUGGUGGUUUACAAGCUUUGAUAGGAUGUUUAGAAGAUUUUGAAAGCAGUGUUAAAGAAGCAGCAGCCUGGGGAAUUGGUUAUAUCGCCAGACAUUCGAAAUCACUUGCUCAAACUUGCGUUGAAUCUGGUGCAGUACCUCUAUUAUUAUUAUGUCUACAAGAACCAGAGAUUUCCUUGAAGCAGAUUACAACGAGUGCUCUAGCGGAUAUUGCUAAGCAUGGUUUAGAAUUGGCACAGAGCGUAGUAGAUGCAGGGGCAAUACCUUAUUUCGUCAAAAAUCUAAGUAAUACCGACGAAAAACUUAAGAAACAAAUUCUCGCUGCAUUAAGUUCCUGUGCAAAACACAGUUUAGAUAUAGCUGAGGCCGUAGUCGAAGCGGAAAUAUUUCCCACUGUCUUGUUACAUUUGGCACACCCGUGUCCUGGAGUUCGCAGAAAUGCUGCUUGUUUAGUACGAGACAUCGUCAAACAAUCCCUGGAAUUAACUCAAUUGGUUGUUAAUACUGGCGGAAUUGGUGCUUUAAUGGAAGUAUUGUAUCAAAACGAUAGUGGAGGUGCCAAAAUGCCGACCAUCGUAGCCUUGGGAUUUAUAUCAGCUCAUUCGGAACAUUUGGCAAUGUCUGUAUUAGGCUGUAAAGUUAUUGUCAUAUUAGCUGAAAUUCUUGAAACAUCCACCGAUGAUUCACUAUUGGCCGCUACCACGUGGACUAUUGGACAAAUUGGUAAACAUAGUGCGGAUCAUUCACAGGCUGUUGCGGCAGCAAAUAUAUUUCCGAGACUUGUUGCUCUGCAUGAAAGUGAUAAAUCUUCGGAUGAUUUGAAGUACAAAUGUAAAAACACAUUGAAAUUGUGUCUUCAGAAAUGUUUGUUGGUCGACGCUCUGGAACCUUUGUUGUACAGCGCACCGUCACAAAUAUUAAAAUACGUUCUUGGGCAGUACAGCAAGCUCUUACCGCAAGAUCCCAAAGCUAGGCGAUUGUUUGUGACAACAGGUGGGUUGAAAAAAGUACAAUUGCUGGAUGCGAAGCCUGGUACAACACUUUUUGAAUACAUCACUGUUAUUAAUUCUUGCUUCCCAGAAGAAAUAGUUCGAUACUAUUCACCUGGAUAUCCGGAAUCUCUCUUGGAUAAGGUCGAACAGUAUUCACCUCAAAUGAUGACAGUUUUAAGAGAAAACAAUCAAAAUGAGAAUGAAGCACAAACAGAUAUGCUUCAUAUGGUAGAUCAAAAUUCAACAGAUGAAGAAGAUGAUAUGAAAAAUUUCCCUGAAUAAAAUUAUGUGUUUUUUAUAUGGUCCGGCUUUGUACUUUCUGAAAAUUAGAUUACAAAAUAUAUAAA